CCAAUCCUCACUCAAACAAUGAGUGUAAGAGAAACAAAAACGCCAUGGUUGAGGAAGCUGCUACCUCGAACUCGCCGAAGCGCCAAAACCACGGCUUCAUCGUAGCCAUCUCAGCGAUCCUAGCGCUGUUGACGAAGCGCGGCGGCCGCAAGCCCAAGCAGAACAAGGACGAUGAUUGGAAAAUGGAUCCAAAGUCGCAGAAAUCGAAGCCUAAGAAGCUUCUCAGCAACAUAAGCAACAAAGCGCUUUUUCACAACCACAAGAAGUGUAACAACAAGCAAAGCAGCAUGGAGGAAGAGAACGACGGAGGGUGGGGAAACGGCGGCGUUUGGCAGAAGGAGAUUCUCAUGGGUGGCAAGUGCGAGCCGUUAGAUUUCUCCGGCGUUAUUUACUACGACGGAAACGGGAAACAGCUCAGCGAAAUCCCGCUCAGGUCGCCACGCGCCAGCCCCUUGCCCGGUUACCUCACGCGCCUCACCCCGCAACGUACCCGCUGAAUUUUCCUUCAUCGCCACCACGCGGCGCGUCGCUCUUAUUUUAGAUUUUUAAUUUUCACAUCACUGUUUGUUUUGCUAGCGUUGUAGUCGUAGGUGGUUGCUUUGUUUUGGUUGGUGAAAACAUUUGUACAGGGUUUUUGCACGCAGCCUCCUUCUGCUUAAUCGUGUGAGAUAUGAAAUUACAACUUCUUAGGUUUCAUUUUACCAUCAA